AUGUUUGUCAAAUUUGAGAGACAUUCAGAUCGCGUAAAAAGUGUAUCUUUCCACCCUCAUCGUCCUUGGGUAUUGAGUGCACUUCAUUCUGGUGUAAUAGAACUAAUUGAUUAUCGUAUUAAAAAACGCAUAGCAACAUAUGAGGAUCACUAAGGUGCUGUUCGAUCAGUUUAAUUCCAUCCAUAAUUGAAUUUGUUCUGUUCUGGAGGAGAUGAUUAUACAGUAAGAGUGUGGAAUUUUAAAUAAUGUCAAUUUGUAUUGAAGGGACAUUUAGAUUAUGUAAGAUGUGUUACAUUUCAUCCAAUUAAUCCUUGGGUAUUAUCUGGAUCUGAUGAUCAAACAGCUAGAGUAUGGAACUAUUAAAGCAGAUAAACUAUUGCUAUACUAACAGGACAUACACAUUAUAUAAUGUCAUGUCAUUUCCAUCCAACAUAAGACUUCAUAGUGACUUGUUCAUUAGAUUAAACAGCAAGAUUAUGGAAUUAUGGAGUACUUAAAUAAAGAUAUGCAUAAAAGAAGAAUCAAGAGUAUGUACUCUCUGGUGCUGAAGUAUAAGUAAUAGCAAUUAUGGAUGGACAUAAAGAUUAAUUAAAUUGGUGUGCUUUUCAUAAAUCUGAACCAUUAAUUAUAACAAGUGGUGNUAGCAUAGGUCUCUUAUUCUUUCUUUUUAUCUAGAAAUUUCUUAAUUCUAUUUAAAUUAAAAAAAAGGUAUGUAAUAAUUAUGUUAUUCUUCAUAAUCCUUUCUUAUUAUUUAUCCAUAUUUCAAAUAUAGCUCUUUUUAUUUCCUAUCAUUUUAAUUUGCAAAUUCAAUUAAAAUAGCAUCUUUCAGAAUUUAGAACUCUUUUAAUCCUAAUAGAAACGAAAUGA